UUUACGUCAGAGCCCACGCAAUCACGCGUGUCACACGGCCCCUCCCGGUGCCCACCCGCCCUGCGACCGCCCGCAGGGGCGGGUGGGCAACGGGAGGGGCCCUGCGUGUGUCACCCCCCCACACACACACCCCCCCCCUUCCCCAUCCCACUUUUCCCCACGCGUGUCCCAGGUGUCCCCACGGGGCACCAUGCCGCUGGGGAAGGAUGGUCCCGGCUGGAAGAAGAGGACUGAGGACAUUCGGCGCAUCUAUGACUUCCGAGAGGUCCUGGGCACGGGGGCCUUCUCAGAGGUGGUCCUGGCGGAGGAGAAGGCGACGCAGAAGCUGGUGGCCAUCAAGUGCAUCCCCAAGAAGGCACUGGAGGGGAAGGAGACCAGCAUCGAGAAUGAGAUCGCUGUCCUCCACAAGAUCAAACACCCCAACAUCGUGGCCUUGGAUGACAUCUACGAGAGCAGCACCCACCUCUACCUCAUCAUGCAGCUGGUCUCAGGUGGGGAACUCUUUGACCGCAUCGUGGAGAAGGGCUUCUACACCGAGCGGGACGCCAGCGCCCUGAUCCGGCAGAUCCUCGAUGCCGUCAAGUACCUGCACGACAUGGGCAUCGUCCACCGCGACCUGAAGCCCGAGAACCUGCUCUAUUACAGCCUGGACGAGGACUCCAAGAUCAUGAUCAGUGACUUUGGGCUCUCCAAGAUCGAGGGCUGCGGCAGCGUCAUGUCCACAGCCUGCGGCACCCCCGGCUACGUGGCCCCCGAGGUGCUGGCGCAGAAGCCCUACAGCAAGGCAGUGGAUUGCUGGUCCAUUGGGGUCAUCGCCUACAUCCUGCUCUGCGGUUACCCCCCGUUCUACGACGAGAAUGAUGCCAAGCUGUUCGAGCAGAUCCUGCGGGCUGAGUACGAGUUUGACUCGCCCUACUGGGACGACAUCUCAGACUCAGCCAAGGACUUCAUCCAGCACCUGAUGGAGAAGGAUCCUGGCAAGCGCUUCACCUGCGAGCAAGCCCUGCAGCAUCCUUGGAUUGCUGGGGACACAGCUCUGGACAAGAACAUCCAUCAGUCGGUGAGCGAGCAGAUCAAGAAGAACUUUGCAAAGAGCAAGUGGAAGCAAGCCUUCAAUGCCACGGCGGUGGUGAGACACAUGAGGAAGCUGCAGCUGGGAACCAGCCAGGAGGGCCCUGGGCAGACAACUCCCACCAGCCCUGGGUCAGGCUGUGGCCGCCCACCCACCAGCAGAGCUCAGCACCUCACGCCAGACUGAGCACAGCGCAGUUCUGGGGGGGCUGACGGGGGACUGGCCCUCCCGUGGGCACAGUGUGGGGUAGGGGGGGCCCUGUAGUGCUGGCAGGGCUGGGUGUGGGGGUACCCUGCCCUACUCAUCCCAAGGGGGGCGCUGAAUGCAGCCACAGGGUCACAGCAGAGCUCUGCAUCUGGGCAGGGGCAGCCCCCAGGAGCCCCUCCCCAGCUUGGGGCUGUAUCCCGGGCCCCCUCCCUCCCCCACACACCUCCCCUGGCACUACUCCCCCCCCAGCCUCCCAGCAUGUUUAAAGAGAAUUUUCCAAAUGGAUGUUUCUAUUUUAUUGCUUGUAAUAAAAGCAAGAGGCAAAUGCU